GGCGAGGAAAAAUGUGUUGACGGGAGCUCGGGCAAAGCAAUUCUGCUGUCAGCUGCCCUCUCGCCCCAGUGUUUUACUGCAACUGUCCACCAGAUGGUGCUGACUUCCCUCACCGUCUGAGGUACUCACGAUUAUCCCAAGGACGACGUCCGUGAGCGAGUUUCAGUUUCAAAUCGUUUUCGCCGUUUUCAGCAUGUUUGUGGACACUUCCUCAGGCGCACGGCAUAUGUCUCUCGCAGGGUGUGAGCUGUGAAGGAACACAUGAAAAAUGGUCCAGCAAGGAACUCGAUCAUCCUCUCUCCAGGACUGCCAUCGGCCGGUUCCACCGCCAUUCCUCACGAAGACCUAUCAGCUGGUCGACGACUCUUCUACUGAUGAAGUCGUCAGCUGGGGCUCGGAGCUGGUCACUUUUGUUGUGUGGAAGCCGAUGGAAUUUGCACGAGACCUGCUCCCUAACUAUUUCAAGCACAACAACUUCUCAAGCUUCGUUCGCCAGUUGAACACUUAUGGCUUUCGGAAGGUUGCACCAACGAGAUGGGAGUUCGGAAACGAUUAUUUUAAGAAGGGCGAGUUUCGGCUGCUUUGUGAGAUUCAGCGCCGGAAGGCGUUUGUACCAACUAUCAGCAGCCAUAUACCGCAACCUGGUCCGUCGAAAGCGCCUGAGCCUAUGAAGGACGUCUGUGCCGCUGAUGAAAUCGAGCGUCUUCAGUCUGAAAACGCACUUCUCUCGAGCGAGCUCAAGCGCAUGCAGCGCCUCUACUAUGAUGCGAUAUCGCUUCUGCAGCAGGCAAGCCAACCACUGGCGCAUUCGGCGCACGGUUCUACGAGUCUCUGGUACCCCCGCCCUCCUGUCCCCGUCUUCGAUGCUCAAGGUGGCAGUAGCAGCCAUCCAGGGCCAGGCAACUCACCCCCCCAUCCCUAUGCACCCUCAAGUUCCAGCUUUAUCUCCCUGGCCCCCAUGAUCAGCACCUCUUCUGUUGAAGUGAAAUCUGGGAGUCCUUCUGAAAGUGAUGCCAAGGCUGUGCGCGAGCAGGUUCUAGAGGCAGCACUGGCAGACAUGCGACAUCGAGUUGCUACUUUCUCGAAAACUUCAGGAUUUCGUCCUGUUGUGCCGGUAGCAGUUGUUUCAAGUGAUCCUCGCACUUCAUCCCCAGCAUCGUCCGUCAUUGAUGAAGCCCUCAGCUUACAUGUACAGGAUUCCCGGGCUGCUGGAGACUGCGAGUCAACAGAUUCAGAGACCCCAAGCACUGAAGAUGCGUCAAUUGUUGGCAGGAAGCGUGCUUCUCCUGACUGUUCAGCAUCUAUUGCUGAUGAAGCAGGUGUACAUAUUUGGGGAAAGAAGCAGGACCUCUAGCCCAUUCCUGUACAGGGGCAUUCACAGAGCAAAUAGCUCAUUCAUCUACUGUCGUGGCGGUACAAGGUGUGAAACUAGAACGAAUGAAUAGAAGAAGGGAGAACAGGGGAGAUCUGGCAUUUGGGUUGAACUCACUAAGAACACACCCUAUCUUGCCUAUUAUCUCUACAUAACAAUAUAUGUAUAAGAUGACA